CCCGGCGGCCACGUUGACAGGGCGGGCGUGGGCCGUGCUCGCCGGGCCCGGGUGGCGGGGUGCGGGUACGCGGUGCGGGAGCGGGGCCGCUGCCACAGUAAAAAUGUCUUCGCCUCCCAAAGAGAAAGCAGAGACGCGGGCCGGACACCCUCCUGCUGUGAAAGCUGGCGGGAUGCGGAUUGUGCAGAAACACCCACACAAUUCAGAUGCCAAAGAAGAAAAAGAUAAGGAUGACCAAGACUGGGAAACCAGCAGCCCACCUAAGCCAGCAGUGUUCAUCUCCGGUGUCAUUGCUAGGGGUGAUAAGGACUUCCCUCCAGCUGCAGCUCAGGUGGCUCAUCAGAAACCACAUCCUUCUGUGGAGAAGCUUCCUCACCCCCAGCACGUCAAACAGCACAUCCACCAGCCUCGCAAGUGAGCUCCCCGUCAGGAUCUCUGCCAGCCUGCUCUCAGUGGAUGUUUUCAAGAGAAGACAAAACCCCUUUAGUAUUCACACUGUCAAAUCUGUAAAAUUGACACCUAAAAUGAUAUGCUGUUUCUUUUACUUUAAUUCUCAAGGGUUAAUAAGAAUGAAGACAUUAUUCAGUUGUUAUCCUAGAUGGAAAAUUCUGUACUGAGUAUUUGCUGAUCAGGGGUGCUUUUUUAUAAGAUUUUCUUAUUGCCAAGAUAAAAAAACUUCAGUAUGAAUAAUGAUUAAUGGGCCUAAAAUUUCUACUUUUAGUUGUGGCCUUACAUUAGCAGAUAGUUUAAUUAAUGUAGUUUUUAUGCUAAGCCAGUAAGGAAGAACAGCCCUUUUGUACUGGUACCUUUACUGUCUGGAGGGAGUUUGUUGGGUGUGUUGAGACAGAAGUCAGUGGUUGUCUGGAUUAUGUAGAACCCUUGCAGCCUUCAGUACCCUACAGUGUUACACCCCCGUGCCCUCUGGAUUCAGCCAGGGAGGUGAUGAUAGGCCCCCAUACAUUCUCAAGUGGGCAGAGAUCCAGCUGAGUCUUCUUUACACCCCUUUGCACUUGCACAGUCUUGCUGAGAUUUUUCCCUCUGGUGGUCUGUGGAAAUGGAGAGGAGAGAGAAAUCAGAAUUACAAGAACACUGCUGCUCUAGACAGCUCAUUUGUAAUCUCAUGGAUCUCGGGGCUGUAUUUUUGAGGUAAUGAUUUCACAUUCCAAUAACAAGCUGAAGGAGUACAUGACCCUCCGUAUUGAACUUAAAAUAAGUUGGUCAAAAAUCCUCUUUCUUUAGUUUAGAAUUGGAGAUCACCUUUUGAAAUUAAGAGGUACCAUUAGUAAAGAUGUUUAUGAUUCAAUCUCUUUUGCACAUCUUUUUUUUUUCCUAAU